CAGCUUUUGAAUAAAUUCUGGAUAGAAUGUAUUAUUUAAAUCCGAAUAUUUCAAGAAUUUCAAUAAAGAAUGUGGAAAUUGUUAAGCAAUUUGUUUAAUAGUAUUGCAUAAACCACAAUUAAUUUCGUAUGUGUCACUUCACCGAUAAAGUCAAUAAAUUGCAGAUAAUGGAAUUGGAGUCUUCCUUCCAAAGGAUGAUGAAAUCAAAUAAAUACUGUGCAGAAUACGUAGAAUACGAAGCGUAUGCAGGAAUUCUGCUGCGGUGGCUGUUGGAGGUUGCAAUUGAUAGCCUCUGCGCGCCUCGAUUGAGCUAUAGGAGUAUGGAUCGGGAUUUGGCGGAGUAUGUGAAGAAGGCGAGUCCGCCGCCGUUCCUGCUGAAGACGUAUAUGCUGGUGGAGGAUCCGGCGACAGACGCGGUGAUAUCGUGGAACGGCGAGGGGACGGCGUUCGUGGUGUGGCAGCCGGCGGAGUUCGCCAGAGACUUGCUGCCUACGCUAUUCAAGCAUAGUAAUUUCUCAAGCUUUGUUCGGCAGCUCAACACAUACGGAUUUCGGAAGGUCACAACAAAUCGGUGGGAGUUCAGCAACGACAAGUUCCGGCGGGGGGAGAGGGAUCUCCUCUGCGAGAUCGGGCGGCGGAAGGCGUGGUCGUCGGCGAAAUCGCAGGCGAAAGAGCAGUUAUCGGACAACGAGGAGCAGAAGUCGUCGUCAACGUCGUCGUCGUCGGAGUUAUCGGUGCUGGCGGACGAGAACCGGCGGCUGAAGCGGGAGAACGGCGUGCUGAGCUCGGAGCUGGCGGUAAUGAAGAGGAAAUGCGGCGAGCUUCUGGAAUUAGCGGCGGUGUACGGCGGCGGCGGCGAUGGGGAGGGGCAAUGCUGCAGGGAGAAGGAGGAAGGCGGGAAUUGCGAGGGAUUGAAGCUGUUCGGAGUGAGAUUGGAAGUGGAGAAGAAAUCCAAUCAAACUAAAAUGUGAAUAUCAUCAUCAUCAUCAUGAGUUGAGUUGAGUUCAUGCAAAUUAGUUAAAAUUAAAGAGGUAGGAGAAGUUGCAUGUGACUCAAUGAGUACAGACAGUUGAAAAGCUGUGCUUAGAAAAGAAUCAUGUGCUGCUGCUGCUGUUGUAGUGAAAUCUUGUUGUUGUAUUCUGUAGAUUAUUAUUCCUAUUAUUGUUAUGUAUUAUGAUCCAAGCUAGCUUGUUGCA